UUGCAGGCUGGCUCAGCUCUGGGCACUCAGACCCAGCUCUUGGCAGCACCAUGAAGUCAAGGGGCCUCUUUCUCCUCCUGGGGCUCUUCACCCUCUGGACAGCGCUGCAGGGCGCUCCAAGACAAAAGAUCCCUGGCACAGCUUCUCCUCUCCAUGGCGAUGACCCAGGGAAGCACAUAUCAGAAGAAGAUGAGCUGAAGGAAAAACUUGUGUUGGGGGCAACAAAACCAGUGCCUGGAGCAGAACCUGAGUCUAAUGGAAAACCGGUGUCUAGUGCAGAACCUCUAUCCAGCGAAAACCCCGUGUCUGUUGUAAAACCUAGAUCCAGUGGAGAACCUGAAUCUGAUGAAAGACCUGUGUAUGGUGGGAGAGAAGAUGAUGAUUCUGACCUGCAGGAUGGUGACUCUGACGGGGAUGAUGACUUUGAUGGGGGAGAUGAUGAUUCUGACCUGCAGGAUGGUGGCUCUGAUGGGGAUGGUAACUUUGAUGGGGGAGAUGAUGAUGAUAAUGUGAGGGACGGUGACUUUACCAAGGCUGAUGACGUUGAUGGAGGAGAUGAUGAUUCUAAUGUGAGGGAUACUCGCUCUGAUGGGGCUGAUGACUUUGACGCGGGAGAUGUCGAUUCUUACCUGCGGGAUGGUGGCUCUGAUGGGGGAGAUAAUGAUGCUAAUGUGAGAGACGGUGACUUUGCUGGGGUUGAUGACUUUGACGGGGGAGAUGAUGAUGAUAAUGUGAGUGACAGUGACUUUGACGGGGGAGAUGAUGAUGAUGAUGAUAAUGUGAGUGACAGUGACUUUGACGGGGGAGAUGAUGAUGAUGAUGAUGUGAGGGACGGUGACUUUGACGGGGGAGAUGAUGAUGAUGAUGAUGUGAGGGACGGUGACUUUGACGGGGGAGAUGAUGAUGAUGAUUCUAAUGUGAGGGAUACUCGCGCUUAUGUGGAUGAUGACUCUGACACAGAAGAUGUCGAUUCUUCCCUGCAGGAUGGUGGCUCUGAAGGGGGUGACGACUUUGGUGAGGCUGAUGAUGGGUCUGAGGGUUCAGAGUAUUAAGGGGAGUGUCCUCAGACCUCAUUGACCCGGACAUGGAAACCUUCUGAUAUCAGAUCAGCCGGCAAAUACAUUCCUGGCAACAAGAGCCUCUCUUUCCUGUUUGACGUUUUCCAGCUGUCCCUUCUCUUUUACCAGUGAUUGCCUGGGAACAAGCUGCCUCCUCGAAUGGCAAGGUUACUGCUCAGGGAUCACUCUCUCUGGGUGAAGGAAAUCAAUGUUCAGGGAUCUUCGCUCCCUGGCUUGAGUAGGGUGCAAGGGGACGUUGGGGUUCUCUCUCUAGGCUCUUACUCUAAGCUCGUCACCCUAGUGUCUGAGCACUUUGAUUCAGCUUUCAGGUCACUUUUUCUUGGGAUAUAUUUUCUGUCUUAUUAAAUCUUUCCUGAUGGGUUAGCCAGCCCCUGGCACUGAUGUUCUCCACCCCUAGCGGUGUUCCAGGUUCAGGCCAGUUCUUCUCCGAUACCUGUCCCAUCGCAUGGUGCACCCAGAGCCAUUCCCUCCGGACACCUUCAGUCUGGGCCUGGGGCCAGUGUCUUCCUCCGGCAGCCGGAAUUCCGAGCUGAAGGAAAACUCAUUUACUCAGAAAUUCCCCUUCUGAUGUGGCUCCCCCUGCCCCGAGGUCAGCCAUAGCCUUGGUUUAGUAUCUGAUACAUCCUCUGCUGGUCUCCAUGGAGUGAAUGGGCUGAAUGAACUAACUGGCAUUUUCCAUCUCUAACUACUGCGACUCUCUUCUCUAAUGGAUUGUAUUCACUGAGGGACAACCUGUUCUACAUUCUCAACGACUGAGGGACAAUCUACACUCAUUGCUAUAUUUGCUUUCCACAAACUGCUCUUAGUAUAACCUUUUAUGAGGGAUAUACCUGAAUAUUUGGCUGCUAAUAUCUAAACUGUACUGUUAAAUUUAUUAACCCUAAUUUGGGAUAUUGCAGAUUAUGUACUAUAUGUAUUUUAGGGCUUUUAAACCAAACUUUGUACUUUUGGAUAAUUUAAGCACUAUACCCAGAUGUAUAAACACGCUUUCCUCAACCUGUGUAUUAGAGAAUUUUAACA